AUGCCGCACGGACCUUUCUCUCUCCAACUCGCCCCCGGGGCCUUCAUCGAGGAAGAGCUCGACAUUUCCAAGCACAUGUUGAUCAUCUCCACCCGUGAUUACAACCAUUGUAUACAUGUGCAGAACUCGGUUGAUGCAGCCAUCAACUGGAGUAAUUCGACUCUCGCAACUCCUGCGCACCCGAAGAUCUUCACGAGCUUUGUGCAGGGCAACGAUGAAGACAGACCUUCCGGUCAUUCAGAGAUGAGGGCCACCAUCACACAUGGGCUCGAUCAGCUAGAAAUCAAUAUGACAGGAAACAGCAUCAACGCAGCACCGCCUGCGCAAUCCUCUUGGCUGGACUGGAUAAACAGGCAGUCCAUUCCGACUCCAGAACAGCUGACGAUAGUCAGUGCCGACCUGAGUGACGGCUUCUUGAAAGAGGAAAAUCUCAACCUCAGUGUUGAGGCGCAGGACAAGGACCCCAUUUCAUAUGGGCUUGACGUCACCAUCAAGCCAGGCAUGUUGUCCAGCUUGAAACUGAUCCAGUAUCGCAGCAUCGAAACCAUGGGCAAUGCCUAUCUGCUUGCUAUCUGCUGGUAUGGGGCGAGGCUAAUUGGGAACCAGCUCCAGUCUUUGAGCGAUAGCAUGGGGGAGGAAAGAUGGACCAUGUGUGAACUCGAAGGCAAACUCUUCAAGCUCACGGGAGUCUAUCCCAUCAUACAGAACUCUGAUUCCAACCAACCUCCGAGCAAGCUCCAGAUCAAACGUGCCUUUGAUCGUAUCACGUGGCUAGCCAUGGCCAUUCGCGCAUACUGGACGAAGAAGGAGUUCAACAAAGACCAGGGGGAUCUUAGCAAUGUCAUGUGCAACGCUAUCCUGCAACUCGGCCUCAAGUCUGCUGUUUCUAAGGAGAAAGAUGGAGCUUGCAUCAACGACUUUGUCGGUUCAGUGAUGCAUCACAGCAACCCUGCCACUGGAGAGUGCCAAUGGGAGUUGCAUUUAGAUUACAGCGACGAGGCAAAGAACAAGUACACCAGGAUCCAGGAUGGAGCAAGGGAGCGGUCUGCUGCUAAGAAGCGGACGAGGCAAGACAGUGGUCUGGAUGGUGGAAGAGGUCAGUCGGCCAAGAAGAGGCGUCCUGCCGAUGUCGAAGGUUCGCCAGCUCGCAUUCGCCGCCCUUCGAAGCAAGUCCGAACAGCACUUUUGUCAGAGCUCUACCCACCACAACAGUAUUUACAAUACUACACUGAUGGCCCUGCAACUACUCUGAAAUACUGA